AUGAGACAUGGACGAAUGCGCGCAUUUUAUCAUGUUCCCGUCAAGCAACAGCCGCUAUUCAUAACCUUCGUCUAUUCAACUGAAAUCUUUUUCUCAAUCCAAAUGAACGUCGUUCGAUCUGCGGGUAGUGGUGGUCGACGAAGUAGUCUCAAAUUUCAGAACGAAAACCCUUCCGCUAAACAACUUGUCAGAAGGCCAACAUGUACCAUAGCUGAACUAAUGGGCAAAACGAAGUUUUCCAAGGACGAAAUCUGUCACUUAUAUCGAACAUUUAAGCAAGAUUGUCCAUCAGGAGAAGUAACCAAAGCACAUUUUGCAUCAGUCUUUGCAACGUUAUUUCCCAGUGGUGAAUGCUUUCGUUAUUCCGUGUUUCUUUUCCGUAAUAUCGAUCGGACCAAUAGCGGCUUCAUUCGAUUCGAAGAUCUGCUCGUCACACUUUCGCUCUUGGUUCACGGUUCAAUUGAAGAACGCAUCGGCUGGAUAUUCGAUCUGUAUGAUUUGAAUAAAGAUGGAAUGCUGACACGAUUGGAGCUACUUCAAAUGGUUGCAGCUAUUUUCCAGCUAAUUGUGCCUGUUUGUAAACUGAAUUUCACAUCGAUUACAAGUGCUAUCGAAGAACGAACCAAUCAAUUAUUUGAAAUUUGGGAUAUGCAUGGCGAUGGUCAUGUAUAUAAAGAAGAUUUUCUCCGCUAUUGCUUGCAGAAUGAAACUAUCCGAAAGUCGAUGGAAAUGCUGAAAUCGAACAUAUGUUCUUAA